UCAGAAAUAGCACAUUCAAAAAUAAAGGACAAGAACAGGUAUAGUUACUGGGCCCACAGUGGAUAGUAUAAGGAAUCUUUGCUGUAUUUAUUACAAAAAAAGGGAAUAUUAUAAAAAUGAAUACCAUCCAUCCUGGCAGCAAAGUCAUGGUGGCAGGCAGCUUCAUGGUGCUGGGAAUGGAGGCAGCUACUCACUGCACCUCAGCUGAGCAGAAAACAAAGGAGAAGACUGGCACUUUCCCCCUAUUACUUAUUUUUUUCCUGUUCUUAUAAAUCUGUAAUAUAAUUUAAAAUCAAAAUGCCUAUAGAGCAAAGACCCACAAAGAUUUGACCUGGGACCUCACACAAGUCAGAGACAAUUCUACUGAGACACACACAAGCACACAUAUACAUACUUCCCUGUGCAUCCCUCACCAGCAAAGUACUAAAAAACUAAGGAUACAGCCUUUUAUCUAUGCCCCGCCCCCACGCUACUCAACCUUAGCUAAAGUGCACCAUUCCCACAAACCCUCUAUCGGUUCUUGAAGGCCCCCCAUGCUUUCUUGAUCCAUGAACCCCUACUGCUCUUCUCCAGGCAAAUGGUCCUUAGUCAUACCCUAAAUGUUGAUUGUUAAUUCAGCUUUAAAAUAAGGACUUUCUCAAUAGACAGCGAAACACCAGGAAUGUGUUUUACCUGGGUUCCUAUCCUACAUAUCUGUGCAUGGUGCAUAGUAGAUGUUCAAUAAAUGGGAGUGGAACUGGGAAAUGUAAUGUUAGGGAAAGAAUGAAUAUGGGCGGGCAGUCUCUUGGGACAUAAAACUGGGAGGGAUGCAGGAUACAGGAAAAUCCAAGCUUCAGCUCACCAAAGGAAGAGGAACAACUCCUCCCUUGGGAGGAACUGUAGAUAAGAACCUAGAUGGAUGGAAAUGAGAUGGGCCUAGGUGAAGACAAGUGUUUGAACCUUUCCAAGUCCUAAUCCAAAUGUCACCCGCCCUUCAUGUCUUUAAAAACAAUUUCCUAUUGACCACAACACCAGCCCAGCUCAUUAUCUUUGUAUUUAUUUGGAUGUUCUACCAUUAUCUUUGUACUUAUUUGGAAUGUUUAUUUGUAUACAGAUCGUAGUUCCUUCUCUAGUCCAACCUCUUGAAGAACAGGGAAAUUUUGGUUGUUCCACGUCAUAUGCUAACCACUCACUCACUGUGGGUUUACUAAAAAUGAGCCGGAGAUGGGAAGACUAGUGGGCGGACUAGUUCGAGGCAGGAAAAGCACGCGUCGUGAGGAAGUGAGAUUCCCCAGACCUGUAAUUACACACUCCAAGGAGAAGCCAAGCCCGACCGCGGGGCGGAGAGCGACGUAGAGAGUCGCCGGCGACUUCUCGGGGGAGGCUCUGACGUCAGUGCCUCGCGACCGUCCUCUCCGCUACCUGAUUCAAUCCCGGAGCUGGACUUUAGCAAAAAACUCACCCCCGCCGCUCUCCGCGAGCUCCGGCCCGGAGCCACACCCAUCCCUCGCGUCCCGCUUUCCUUCCGCGCAACCCCGUCUCCGACCUCACAACCACCACGGGACAGGCACACUCGCGGGCGCCCUACUCAGCAGGGCGGGCCCUGAGACCGGAAGCCGGAAGUGGGGUUGUGAGGACGUGUUCCGAGGAAGCCGCAGGCCGGCUAGGCCGGCGUCAUGGAGCCCCUAUACCAACAAACGAACAAGCAGGUUCAGGAGAUCCAGUCUCACAUGGGACGCCUGGAGAGGGCAGACAAGCAGUCUGUGCACUUAGAAAAUGAGAUCCAAGCAAGCAUAGAGCAAAUAUUCAGCCAUCUGGAGCGCCUGGAGAUUUUGUCAAGCAAGGAGCCCUUGAAUAGAAGACAGAAUGCCAAACUCCGUGUCGACCAGCUAAAGUAUGAUGUCCAGCACUUGCAGACUGCCCUCAGGAACUUUCAGCACCGGCGCCAAGUCAGGGAGCAGCAGGAGAGACAGCGAGACGAGCUUCUGUCUCGCACCUUCACCACUAACGGGACUCAGAAGAAGAUCCUUGACAUUGCUAACAUGCUCGGCUUGUCCAACACAGUGAUGAGGCUGAUUGAGAAGCGGGCCUUCCAGGACAAGUACUUCAUGAUCGGUGGGAUGCUGCUCACUUGUGCAGUCAUGUUCCUCGUGGUACAGUACCUGACAUGAGCCAGCUGUACCCAGCACUGGACAGCCUUCCCAUUGUGUGCGCAUGUGCAAGCAAGAAGUGGGCUGGGAGGCCCUUUUGAAAUGUAUGCCUUAACUGUGAAGACACCUCUCCCCUCAGGACUAAUCGUGGCUUAGUAUCAAACCUGCUUUGUUUUCUGUGACAUCUGGGGAGUAGGACCUUGGGUCACCAAGACGUGUGGUGCUUAGGAAGUGGGUCAAGACCCUGUUCUCUGGCUUUCAUUGGGGGAGGGAUGGCUGGGUUUUGUGGUUUGUCCACAUAGCUGAUGCUUGCCCUGGAAAGCGUGCAUGGUGAGGCUUUUACACAGGACUGUCCACACUAUUCACUCCUGAUGGAGUGGGCUGGAGCACAAGUGAGAAGAUGAGGAGAGAGGUCUUUCCCUGUGCCCUCUGGGAUAGAUCAGUUCUCACAUCCUUGCUUCUAGCCACUGGCUGGCCCCAGCCCCUAAGAAAACAUGACAUGUAGGUGACUAACUGCUAACACCAGCACCCUUUCCUGGAAGCAGCUACUCCAGGGAAGCAGAGACAUCAGUGCUGCUGCUGAUAAUGCAAGUGUUUCCAUGCCAUGGUUGCUGGGUGUUUGUCAGUGUCCCAGGGAGUGUUCAGUCUGGACACGGAAGCCCUGAGUCACCAAUGUUUUCCAGUUAAUACGGCAGUGGCUCUUACAGUUCAGAGACGGUAGCUUGGCACCUGCACCCAGGCUUUGACAGAUGGGCCUUUGCCACUUUGAAAGUAGCCAUGAGCAAUGGGCGACUUGUCAGCUGCAGAUUCAUCUAGUUCUGCCCUCUCAAGUUCUUUGACUAUCUACCCCUUGAAACAUAUUAGCAAUAUAUCAAUCAGCUAAGCCUCCAUUUUCCCCAGCCCUUUCAGGCCACCCUGGGGAUGUCCCUGGGAAGUGUGUUUUUGUGAGACUUUCAGGGACCAGAGCAUUUUUACUUUUUGAUUGAGGCUGUGUCAGUACCUGGUGCAAUGCAGAAUUUGUGUGAGGGUUAAUGUAUCUUGAGCACACAUUGUAUUAAUCUCUGCAAGUACUAGAACGAUCUAGUGAGUUUAUUUGUUCAUCAGUCACAGGCCCUGUCCACCCAAACAGUUCUAAAUUUAGUAGCCUCCUAGUAGGAAAAACAUGCCAGAACUCCUAAGAACUGGAAACUGGUCAGUAUUAAUCCAUCCUUUGAUUGCCCUACCUACUUCCUAUGUUUGCUUAAGCGUCCUCUGCUGUCUCCCUCUUCACAGUAGGUGUUACGUCUCACCCUUCCCCUUGUGUAGCCGUAUUGGUCUCUCGGGUACAUCUGUGGCAUCCUUUUGGGGAACUUUAUCAACUAUACACACUUUAAACUUGAGUUUCCUGGGUAUUAGCUCAGUUCUGGUCAGAUGCAAUGUCUGUUGCUCUUUCCCUGUAGGUUAAAUGUGCCAUAGCUGGUCAGAAAGGGGGAAUGUGCCCCCUCUAGUCCUGCAGAGUGGAAACAGUGGCCCUAGAGACAGGAGACCUGCAGCAUCUCCACACCUCGAUCUCACUUUGGGGAGGCAGAUGGGCAUGGGCUUUUGGCUGGCCAUAGAGUUUGUACUGCACAGACCUGACUCCUGUGCCCCCUGGCACCUGAAGAUCCCACCAGACAGCAUGCUUUGGAAGAUGUACAAGCUGUAAUUGAGCCAUUUGAACUCAAAAUGUGGGCAGCAAAGGCCCUAGCCCCUGCCCUUCAUUGGCUGUUGGAGCAGUGUUUUGUAGUACAUAAUGGGUUUCCACCUUUGUAGCAGUCCUUGGCUUUAGUGAACUUGAUGUUCCACCUUCACAGCCAGGUCUCCCUUUGGAAUGAAUUUGUGGUGAGGUCAGCACUACUGCCUGGGGGCAGGGAAUGGACGCAGAGGAUCUGGACUCAAGGGGCAUUGAGCUGGUUGCCCAGGCUGCCCUCCCUCAAAUUUCCAUUCAGUGCCUUGUGAGAUGACUCUGACCUGAUUGGGCAAACUGUCCUUACAGGCUCCAGCAGGGAAGGGCCCCUAGCCUGAGUGGGAUGCCCUCUAGUGGAGGAGGCCUGCAUCCUUAUCAGAGCUUGUCAGAAGCUGCAGCUAGCAGAUGAUGUGUGCACCUUGGUACAGUCGUCUAAGUGACAGGGUUUGAAGCUAGUAGGGUGCCAGAAGGAAUCUAAGACUAAGAAAAUAGAUGUAUUCUCCAUGUAUGGCCACUUGAAGGAAUGCUAAAUCCAAGGACCAAGUAAAUAGUAGGUUUUACAGGUUUCAUUUCAAGCUUUUUCUCAAAAGCCAGCUUGCCUUGUUGAAUUUAAAUAGCUUUGAUUGGCAAUUUAUUUACACCCCUUGUUUUCAGAACAUGUCAGCUGAAUAAAGUUGAGGUUUAUUUAGAAAACUUUAAA